UGCAUAUAUAUAUAAUUGUGCAUCCUUUGUAUAUGAACAUGGAACAGUGAAUCUUACAAUUUUGAAGUGGGAGAGGAUAUUUCUUUUUAAGAUCCAGCAUGGAAAGUCUGCAAAUUUUCCCGGAAAAUCGUGGUGGAUUUCUUGAUUCUUGAGAGAAUAAAAAGGAAAUUUUUUCUUGUCGGAUUUGUUUUCAAGACUGUUCUUCUUCCCUUUUCGAUUCUGUUUUCCAAUUUCGUCUUCUCACUUCUCUCUGUUUCCUUCUCUUCCUUUGAAGCUCCAAAAAUGGCGACCAAACUCUGUAAUAUUUGAUCUUAUUUGUUCAUUUUGUUUUGUUUUUUCUUUUUCUUUUUCUUUUCCCCUUCUCUGAAACACCCAUUUCGACUUUCCAUUUAAGCAAAUCAUUUUCCUCUUUCUGUUUUUGGGAAAAAUUUUAUUUAAAAAGGAAAAAGCUGAUUUUCAAAUUUUUAUUAGUCUCUGAAAAAACCCCUAGAAAAGUUUUACGAAUUCAGAAGAACCGUUAUGAUUUGUCUUCGAAACUGUCAUCUGAAGUCCAAAAAUUUUCAAAAUUUAGCUUAACUUUUUGUGAUGAUUUUUUCCUUGAAUGUACCAGAGAAGAAAACGCUCUGAAUUUCUAGAUUUUGCAUGCCUUGAAAACAUAAAUUCCAUUUGGCAUUUUGGCACUUUCUCACUUUUUACUGAUUUCAAUCUUCUUCUUUUGCUAUAUAUUCGCCCUCUUUCGCUUCAUUAAAUCGCAUUCACAACGAUCAAACUCGCUAGUAAAAACACUCUGUUUCUUCUUGUCCAAUACUCUGUUUUUUCAAAAAACAAUGGCAGUCGUUUCACUGAGGAGUUUCUUCGUGCUGUCUUUAGCUUUGAAUGUGAGUUUGAUUCUAAGAACAAUAAAUCAGAAUGAGAAGCUUCAUAGUGGAACUUCAAUGGCGAUCCAGAAAGGGGCUAAAGUUGCUCAAAUGACAUUUUUGUCCUUCCCUUCUCUGUCAUCUCCAUCAGCAGCUGCUCCUGAAACUCAAACUCCUCUUGGUAGAGAAAGAGUCAUUAAUCUUGACCAUGGUGACCCAACAAUGUAUGAGCAAUAUUGGAAACCAAUGGGGGACAAGACUACAAUAGUGAUCCCUGGAUGGCAAUCAAUGAGUUAUUUUUCUGAUGUUAAGAACCUUUGCUGGUUCAUGGAGCCUGAAUUUGCCAAGCAAAUUGUCAGGCUACAUAACGUGGUCGGUAAUGCCGUGACCGAGGGCCGGCAUAUUGUCGUUGGAACGGGAUCUUCUCAACUCUACUUAGCUGCCCUCUAUGCCUUGUCCCCACGAGAUUCGUCGAACCCGAUCAGCGUGGUUUCUGCCGCCCCUUACUACUCGUCUUACCCUUUGAUGACCGACUGUGUUAAGUCGGGUAUCCACAAAUGGGGUGGUGAUGCGAAGGCGUUUGACAAGGAUGAGCCUUACAUUGAAUUGGUCACCUCGCCCAACAAUCCUGAUGGCUUCGUUCGAUAUCCCGUGGUGAACAGAACCGGCGGUAUAUUGGUCCAUGACCUUGCUUAUUAUUGGCCACAAUAUACGCCGAUAUCCACCCCGGCUGACAACGACUUGUCACUAUUCACCGUGUCAAAGAGUACUGGCCAUGCUGGGCUGCGCAUUGGGUGGGCUCUAGUGAAGGAUGUUGAAGUUGCAAAGAGAAUGAUCAAAUUCAUAGAGUUGAACACCAUCGGUGUGUCUAAAGACUCGCAGCUUCGGGCUGCCAAAGUUCUCGAAGUUGUAUCUGACAGUUGUGAACAGGCCGGUGGUUCAGAGUAUACGGAAUCCUUCUUCCAUUACAGCCAUGCCCUCAUGACCGAGCGAUGGAGGCUGCUACGGGAGGCAGUUAAACACAGCGGCUUAUUUAGUUUGCCUAAUUUUUCUCCUGCACAUUGCAGCUUCUUUGACAACAACUUGGGAACUCAACCUGGCAAGAACAACAUCCACAAAAUGUUUGGAGACAUCUCAGUUUUCCCCCCCUUAAAGUUGACUGUUUGUUUUGUUUCAUUCUUUGCAGCUUUCGCGUGGUUAAAAUGCGAUCGAGACGACGUUGAUGAUUGCGAGAGCUUCCUCCAAGGACACAAGAUCCUCACACGAGGCGGAAAGCAUUUCGGUGUUGGCUCGAAAUACGUCCGAAUUAGCAUGCUGGAUCGGGAAGAAACCUACAAUUUAUUUAUAGAAAGAUUGUCUCAGAUCAGAUCAUGACAUCUGAUGCUGGUGAAGGGCUAAGAAGGCAUUAGAGGUUGAAAAAGCAGAGGGGGUUUUGGGCUUGCAGAUGUAAAUUUGAAAAUGAAAAUGAGAAAAAGAGAAAGGAAAAGAGAAAUAUUUGUUAUUGAAUUUACGGGUGCAAGAUCUCAAUUUAUUAUAAUAGUAUUAUUAUUAUUAUUAUU